GCAUAGAGGAAGGUGGAGGCGGAGAAGGUGGAGGGGAAGGUGGAGGCGGCCGGGAAGGUGGACGCCGCUGGGAAGGUGGAGACAGCAGGGAAGGUGGACGCCACCGGGAAGGUGGAGAUCGCGGAGGGUCCGGGCCGCGGGGCUGAGCUCAAGCUGGAGCUGGAGCAGGAGCCCAAGCCGGAGCCCGAGCCGGAGCCCGAGCGGGAGCCCGAGCCGGAGCCCCAGCCAGAGCCCGAGCCGGAGCCCCAGCCGGAGCCCGAGCCGGAGCCCCAGCCGGAGCCCGAGCCCGAGCCCGAGCCAGAGCCAGAGCCCGAGCCCGAGCCGGAACCCGAACAGAAACCGGAGCCCGAGCCGGAGCCCGAGCCGGAGCCCGAGCCGGAGCCGGAGCCCGAACCGGAGCCCUUACAGGAGCCUGAGCCUGAGCCUGAACCUGAGAGGCAGCCCGAGCAGGAGCUGAAGGAUGAGAACCCAGUGCAGAGCGGUGUUGGCGGCAGCGGCGACGAGGUUCCUCCCCCAACCCUUCCCUCCGACCCUCCGCGGCCCCCUGAUCCCUCUUCGCGUCGCAGUCGUGCCCCGCGCCGCCGACCCCGGCCCCGGCCCCAGACUAGGCUCCUCCGUACCCCGCCGCAGCCUAGGCCACGGCCCCCGCCCCGACCCCGGCCCCGGCGUGGUCCUGGGGGCGGAUGCCUGGAUGUGGAUUUUGCUGUGGGGCCACCAGGUUGUUCCCACGUGAACAGCUUUAAGGUGGGAGAGAACUGGAGGCAGGAAUUGCGAGUUAUCUACCAGUGCUUCGUGUGGUGUGGAACCCCAGAGACCAGGAAAAGCAAGGCAAAGUCAUGCGUCUGCCAUGUGUGUGGCACCCAUUUAAACAGACUCCACUCUUGCCUUUCCUGCGUCUUCUUUGGCUGCUUCACAGAGAAACACAUCCACGAGCACGCUGAGACAAAACAGCACAACUUAGCGGUAGAUCUUUAUUAUGGAGGCAUAUACUGCUUCAUGUGUAAAGACUAUGUGUAUGACAUAGACAUUGAGCAAAUUGCCAAAGAAGAGCAAGGAGAAGCCUUGAAAUUACAAGCGUCCACCUCGACAGAGGUUUCUCAGCAGCACUGUUCAGUGCCGGGCCUUGGGGAGAAAUAUCCCACCUGGGAAACGACCAAACCUGAGCUAGAAUUUCUGGGGCACAACCCACGGAGAAGAAGGAUUGCCUCCAGCUUUACCAUCGGCUUACGAGGACUAAUUAAUCUUGGCAACACGUGUUUUAUGAACUGCAUUGUCCAGGCCUUGACCCACACUCCGAUACUGAGAGAUUUCUUUCUCUCUGACAGGCACCGGUGUGAAAUGCCCAGCCCUGAGUUGUGUCUGGUCUGUGAGAUGUCUUCACUCUUUCGGGAGCUGUAUUCCGGAAACCCAUCUCCUCAUGUGCCCUAUAAGCUACUGCACCUGGUGUGGAUACAUGCUAGGCAUCUAGCAGGGUACAGGCAACAGGAUGCUCACGAGUUCCUUAUUGCUGCGCUAGAUGUCCUGCACAGGCACUGCAAAGGGGACGAUGUUGGCAAGGUGGCCAGCAACCCCCACCACUGUAACUGCAUCAUAGACCAAAUCUUCACCGGUGGCCUGCAGUCCGAUGUCACCUGUCAAGCCUGCCAUGGUGUCUCUACCACUAUAGACCCAUGCUGGGACAUUAGUCUGGACUUGCCUGGCUCUUGCACAUCCUUCUGGCCCAUGAGCCCUGGGAGGGAGAGCAGCUUGAAUGGCGAAAGCCACAUCCCAGGCAUCACCACCCUCAUGGACUGCUUGCAGAGGUUUACAAGGCCAGAGCACUUAGGAAGUAGUGCCAAAAUCAAGUGUGGUAGUUGCCAAAGCUACCAAGAAUCUACCAAACAGCUCACUAUGAAGAAGUUACCAGUAGUUGCCUGCUUUCAUUUCAAACGGUUUGAACACUCAGCGAAACAGAGGCGCAAGAUCACUACGUACAUUUCCUUUCCUCUGGAGCUGGAUAUGACACCAUUUAUGGCGUCAAGUAAAGAGACCCGGAUGAAUGGACAGUUGCAGCUCCCAACCAAUAGUGGGAACAAUGAGAAUAAGUAUUCCUUGUUUGCUGUGGUUAAUCACCAAGGAACCUUGGAGAGUGGCCACUACACCAGCUUCAUUCGGCACCACAGGGACCAGUGGUUCAAGUGUGAUGAUGCCGUAAUCACCAAGGCCAGUAUUAAGGAUGUGCUGGACAGUGAAGGGUAUUUACUGUUCUAUCACAAACAGGUCCUGGAACCUGAGCCAGAAAAGGUGAAAGAAAUGACUCCACAAGCCUACUGAAGCACCACACAGGCCUACCUAGAAUGGAAGAUGACACCAGUACUACACCAGGCAUCGAGAUUUAAUUGAACUACGUGACUGAGGCCAGUGGGCCUUGCAGAGUAAGAAUUGAACAGUGUCCAGUGUCCAAAAAGUCCUGAUCAGAAGAGAAAUAGGAGGGGAGGGAGAAGAGGCUCCAGUCUAAGCAGUCAAUUGAAGGAAAUUAAGUGGCAGGAAUGUUCUGGAUGGGGAAGGGCAGAGCAGGGAAAUUGUGACACUGGUUCAUAUCCUAUAUUCCUCCAAAAGAUUGUGUGGGAAGGUGUAGGGGGGAGGGGGGUGGUGUUGGGGUGUGUGUGUGCCCUUGUAACCGUAAAACAUCUUUCUCCAUGGGUGUUUCAGCUUCAAUUGACCAAUCAUGUAACAGCCACAUGUUUGUGGGGGGGAGGGGGUGAAAAAGUUUCUUAAAAUGUUGCCCAUUGUGUACACGGGGAUGAAAGCAGAUAUGUGGAGGAGGCGAGGAUAUCUCAUUGACAAAACACCUUUGCCAGUUUCUUUGUAUUCGUGAUUUUUGUGCUAUUAAAUGCAGUAUUAAAAACAAGAAAGCUCACCUGGGCUAGUGAAAGAAGAAAUAACUGGGCUUGUGGAAGGGGAGCAGCAGAUGCUCCAAAAGUAGAGAGGGCUAGAAAUGCUGUAAGAUAAGCAAUUGACAAGGACAGGCCUCAGCUGACAGUGUAGGGGUGUGUGUGUGUGUGUGUGUGUGUGUGUGUGUGUGUGUGUGUGUUUAUGUGUGUAUUUUUUUAAAGCUGUAUGAUAUACUCGAGCAAAUCAGUGAACCUCUUUGUGAUUAUUUUCUCAUCUGUAUCAUGCAGAUAAUUCCUACCUUAAAGGGUUGUUGUUAAAGAGUACAUGAUAUAAAAUGUGUCAAAGUCAAAGGCUUGGAACUUUGUAGAGACUCAGUAAACUGUUUGUUGGAUCUGAAUCUGAAUUUUAUUUGAACUGGGCCAGAAUGUAUUGGAGGUGAAUGCCAAUCCCACCUGAGACCUGUGGACAGAAAUGUCACCACCAUGUCACAUGCAAUCAUAAACAAGGUCAAUCUUAAUUCUCCCCAAGGCAGUGGACCUCACUGUUGCAUAUAGGGCACAAUAUUCAGUGUCACACCUCAGAUUGAUUGGGGACAGAGGAGCACAAUUAUCAUAUUUUGUCCCUUUAGAAAGACAGUGACAUUGUUUUAAUGACCCAGGCU